UACAAAUGGUUUUAUUUCCUUUUUUCCCCACAACUACCAACUUUGAAUUAAAUUUGAUAACCGUUAAUUAACAAGAUUCAAAUUUGAUUCAUCAAUCUGCAUCAACCCUAGCUGCCGCAAAUCGUCAUUGUGUUGUCACCUACUCGUUUCAUCAAUCUCCAAAGACGAUACUUGCCGAAACCCUAUAAUGGGCUGCUUACGGAAGUUGAAGAAGAUACACACUCUUACUUUGACCAUUUGGAUCACAACAAUUGAUUUUAUAAAACUACUAGUAAACCCUAAUCUUCAACGGCCGAACCCUGGUCUACCCUACGCCUCGUAGCUUUACCCAACGGCCUAACUGACCAUCUUCUCGAUGCUGUAUUUUCUUCCUAUUAAAUCUCUCAGUUUCUCUGUCUCCAUUCGUCCGACAGUAGAACCCCAUGUCUCAAAAGUGUUAAAUUUCAGAUCUUUAUAGUCUUUUCGAUUCAAAUCCGCAGGGCGAGAGUUUGAAGUUAUCUUCUUUUCGGUUCAAAGAUGGCUUCGGCAUCUCAUUCUCCAGUUAUAUUGUCCGGGAAUUUGUCUUUUGCAACUUCGGCUUCUGAUCUUCUUCGAAGCUCCAUUAAUGGUGUACCACUAAAAACAUCAGGCAGAGGGCAUGUGGGCUCCAGGCAAAAGGGUUUGAAUAUAGUUGCAAAAGUAAGGAAAGUGAAGAAACACGAAUACCCGUGGCCUCAAGAUCCGGUUUCAAAUGUGAAGGGUGGAGUCCUUAGUUAUCUAUCCCCCUUUAAGCCUUUGAAGGAAAAACCGAAGCCUGUUACGUUGGAAUUCGAGAAACCGCUUAUGGAUUUACAGAAGAAAAUCAUUGAUGUGCAAAAGAUUGCUAAUGAAACUGGUCUUGAUUUCAGCGAUCAAAUAAUCUCUUUAGAGAACAAAUAUCAACAGGCUCGUAAAGAACUCUAUACACAUCUGACUCCAAUACAACGAGUUAAUAUCGCACGACACCCUAACAGACCAACUUUUCUUGAUCAUGUAUUCAACAUUACUGAUAAGUUUGUUGAGCUUCAUGGUGACCGGGCGGGCUAUGAUGAUCCUGCAAUAGUGACUGGAAUUGGAUCAAUAGAUGGCAGGCGAUUCAUGUUUAUGGGUCAUCAAAAGGGUAGAAAUACCAAAGAGAAUAUUCAAAGAAACUUUGGAAUGCCUACACCACAUGGGCACCGUAAGGUUCUAAGAAUGAUGAACUACGCAGACCAUCAUGGGUUCCCCGUUGUCAUAUUUAUUGACACUCCAGGGGCAUUUGCUGACCUUAAAUCAGAAGAAUUAGGCCAAGGUGAAUCCAUUGCCCAGAAUUUAAGGACUAUAUUCGGCCUGAAGGUACCAGUUGUUUCAAUUGUGACGGGUGAAGGUGGCUCUGGCGGUGCUUUAGCCGUUGUUUGUGCUAAUAAAUUGCUAAUGCUUGAAAAUGCUGUCUUAUAUGUUGCCAGCCCAGAAGCAUGCGCAGCAAUUCUGUGGAAGACUGCCAAGGCCUCCCCAAAGGCAGCUGAGAAGCUCAAAAUCACAGCUAAUGAUACUUGUAAGCUACAAAUUUCUGAUGGCAUCAUCCCUGAACCGCUUGGUGGUGCACAUGCAGAUCCACACUGGACCUCACAGCAAGUAAAAAAAGCCAUUCUUGAGUCAAUGGAUGAGCUCCAAGAAAUGGGGACAGAGGAAUUAUUAAGACAAAGAAUGCUGAAAUAUCGCAAGAUUGGUAGGUUUCAAGAAGGUUUGCCCGUUGACCCCGAAAAGAAAGUCAACAUGAAAAGAAAAGAAGAACCAAGACCUGGACUUAUUUCAGACAAGGUUUUGCAGGGUGAAGUUGAUAAACUAAAAGAGCAAAUUAUGAAAGCAAAAGAAUUAUCUUCUAUAGAUAUGGAUCAAAACAGGCUGAUUGAAAAACUGAAAAGAGAAAUUAGUUAUGAAUUUUCUGAGGCAGCUAAAGCAUUAGGGAUCGAGGAAAAGUUAAUUAGAAUGCGUGAAGAAUUUGCAAAAGCAGAGAACGAACAGUUGACUUCUGUUCAAAUUGAGAAUCUUGAGAAUUUAAAGAACGAAUUUAACGAGAAUUUAGCAUUGGCUCCUAACUAUGGAAGUCUGAAGUAUAAGCUAAGCUUGUUGAAGGAGGUAACCGAAGCUAAAAUCUUUGCUGAAAAUUACAAAAAGACCCAUCCGUUGAAGGCUAAAGUCAAUGAGAAGUUCAAAGAGGUUUUGGAAAAGUCAACCCUGAAAAAGAAAAUGGAGAAUUUGAAAGCUGAAGUUGAAAAAGCUGGGGUGUCUACAUUUGAAGAAUUUGAUCAAGAGCUUAAAGAGAAAGUUCUAGAUAUUAGGGAAGAAGUUGAAUAUGAAUUUGUUAAUGCCCUUGAAUCUUUUGGUGUUCAUGUAACUUCAAAAUUUGGUCAAAGUUCGGUGUCAGUAUGAUAUAAACCAGUUAGGAUCGGAA